AUGGCUUCUAUGGACACGCAGCUGAAUAGAGGCCCUGAUCAGAACUCUGCGGAGCGUAGUUCACCAAGUCGCCAGUUUGAUUCACAAUCUCUUGAGGAAAGUGUGGAAACCCAAAAAAAAGAACUUGGAGAGCGGAAUUCGAAUACAAUCGACACAAUGCUUGAACUUGUACUAUCGUAUCGCUUUGACGGACGGCUAGAAGAGGCCGAGACGCUCACAAGAAAUAUCAUCCAGAUCAGACGGGAGGAUCUUGGGGAGACACAUCGCGACACUUUGGUUUCUAUAACCAAGCUCGCAGAAAUUUACGCUGAGUUAGGUCGAGAGAUCGAGGCAGAAAAAUUACAACUUAAUGUUCUCGAAGCACGGAGAAAAGUGCUUGGUGAGCUCGACGAAGAUACAAUUGACAGCAUGGAGCAACUAGCUAUUUGGUAUCAGAAUCGGGGAGAAUACCACAACCAGAAGAGAGAUUUGGAUAAAUCGGAAGAGCUAUAUCAGAUGGUUCUCAAGUCUAACACAACAAUCCAUGGCCAGGGCCACGAGAUAACCUUUGAAAGUUCCACCAAUCUGGCGGGUAUUUACAGAUUGCAGGGCCGUUUAGAUGAAGCUAAGAAGCUCCAGACUGGCAUCGUGGAAAAAAGCAAGACAGUCCUUGGGUUGGAGCACACGUCUACGGCAGUCAGUAUAGAGGAGCUUGCAAGGAUAAAUCACGCCCAAAAUCGUAUAGAAUCGGCCAAACUCUUGCAAAAACAAGCGAUAGAUAUUUAUAAGGCAACAGUCGGAGAUAAACACCCAUUGACGGAAGAGGCUGAGGGUGAGUUUAUAAGGAUAUGUCAAUCUUAA